AUGGUGUUUAAGACGCUGUGGAACUACGUCAAGGUGUACCGCGCGCAGACGCGCGCGCUGGAGCGCAUACGCGCGGAGAGAUCGGCGCUGGAGAAGACGCAGCGGGAAAUCGCGGCGAUGACGGAGAAAAAUGCUGAAAACGAGCGCGCGCUCGCGUCGUUCGCGAAGUGGAGCGCGGGAGCGAUGCGGGAGAACGCGUCGUCGAUGGAAGAGAUCGAGCGGGUGACGACGGAGAUGACGGAUAGGUUGGGAGCGGUGUCGGAACAGCACGUGAGGGACGCGUACGAGGCGGAGGCGCGAGCGGCGGAGGCGAUGAACGCGUCGCGAGCGGCUGCGGUGUUUGCGAAUCUGGAUGAGGUGAAGGGGAAGUCAUGA